AUGGGACCCCCCAAAGGCCCACCAAGCCCAGGGCAGGGCAGGGUGCCCAGCCGGAUCAGGCGACACCCAGCCGAUACACGGAGAAGAGAGGGGACCGCUGAAGCAAGCGGACGCGAGGAGCCGCCGUGGGGGCGACGCGAGAUCGGAGCCCCGACCUCCCCCCAAUACCCGCAGUCGGCAGCCCAGGCAGAGGGAAGGCCACCACCCGGGAGCCACGCCACAGAAGGUAGGCUCCCGCAGGCGUGGCCCCGUCCGCCAGAGCCACUGGCCGGACGGCGGGAGAAUCGCCAGAGCCCCGAUCAACCCCCACCCCAGACCACCCAGGACACACCCGCAUCGGCCCACCACUCCCCCCCGGCCGCCCGAGCACCCACCCCGCACAGUCGCUACGCCAAGCGCCUGAGACCAUGGGAUAUCCACUCAAGGGACAGCAAGCGCCACCCAAGGCCCCAUGGGCCCCAAGAGGCCCCGACGCCAUCCCCGCUGACAGGAGGGCAGCGGCAGCCGCCGCGGUCCAGCGAGACAGACAGGGCCGGAGACAGGCCAAGGGGGCAGAUGCGCGACCCCCCCCAACCCACCCUCGUGCCAGGAGGGGUGCGCGGUAUGACACCAGGGAGCACCUCCCUGGUACCCGGUGCAAGGAGACGCAGCUCUGGCCGGGCCAAACCGGGAGGGAACUGUGGCAGCAGCAUACCCCCGACCCCCAAUACUUUUUAA